AUGUCACCCAAGCGCUCAACCAACAGCGCAACAACAAUCAAAACAACAACAGCUCAAAAAACAACAGGAGGGGCCCAGCCCAGGGAGGCGCCUCCAGCAACAAAAAGAAAUCUCCCCACCAACAACAGUCCGCCAGAGGCGGCAGAACCCAACGAGGAAGGUCCCAGUCCGCCCCAAGAGGCAACCGCCCAAGAAGCCAAAGCAGAGGCCGCCAAGGCGGCCGCGGCGGCAGGGCAGGACGAGGAAGGGGAGGAAGAGCCGGAGGAAGAGGCAACGCUACCUCCAGAGGCUCCACAAGAUCGAACAGAGGCCGCUCCAGAAGCUCCUCUCCCAGCAGGAGGCAGAACUCCAACACCAGGAGAAGCAGGUCCUCCAGGCGAUCGACAAGGAGAUAGAGCUCACAUAUGGCUUCAUCUCAGACCCCGACCUCCAUCUACACGACAAUGUACAAACUAG